AAAUAAAAAAGGUAAACCCUACACUGCAAUCCACACGUCAACCCAUCUUUCUUCGUUCUUUAUUUCUCUUUUCCUCUCUUGUAUUCUUCUCUGUGUUGCCGUCGCCGACCACCGGCACGCCCCCGCCACCACUCUUUCUUUUCCGUCUCAGGAGGCUAUGUUCGUAGCCAAGUUCGAUCGAAUAACAUUUUUUUUUCAGGCGCAAGAGUUGAUUUUGAGGUGAAGACAGAAAAUCCCACUAAACUGUUCGGUAAGAUUUUGGGCACUUGGUUCAAACUUUAGCAUGUUCUUGAUUAAGUAGCUAUGACUGUUAGGUGGCCAAGGCUUUUAACGCCCACACACCUGUCUCAGAUUAUUAGGAAGCAGAACAAUCCUUUCACAGCUUACCAACUGUUCAAUGAAGCCAAAUGUAGGUAUCCAAAUUAUCAGCACAAUGGUCCGGUGUACGCCGCAAUGAUCAAUAUACUUGGAAACUCGGGUAGAAUUUCCGAGAUGAGGGAAGUGAUAGAUCAGAUGAAAGUUGACUCUUGUCAGUGCAAGGAUUCUAUAUUUUCAUUUGCAAUUAAAACGUAUGCUAGUCAUGGAUUAUUGGAAGAAGGUAUAUCUCUGUUUAAAAGCCUUGGGGGAUUUAACUGUACCGAUAGAACACAAACUUUCAAUACCCUUUUGGAAAUACUCUUGAAUGAAUCUCAGCUCGAUGCUGCUUGUCAGCUUUUUCAGCAGAGUUCAUUUGGUUGGGAAGUGAAAUCCAGGACUCAGUCAUUGAAUUUGCUAAUGCAAUCUCUUUGUCAAAGAGGCCAAUCUGAACUUGCUUUACAUGUCUUUAAAGAAAUGGAUUACCAAAGUUGCUAUCCUAAUAGGCUGAGUUAUUUGAUUCUAAUGAAAGGACUGUGUCAAGAUGGUAAGCUUCAUGAGGCCAUCCAUUUAUUGUAUUCCAUGUUCUGGAGGAUUUCUCGAAGGGGUAGCGGAGGGGACAUAGUAAUUUACAGAACCCUUCUGUUUGCUUUGUGUGAUAAUGGAGAGAUUGAGCAAGCUGUGGAAAUACUAGGCAAGAUCUUGAAGAAAGGACUGAAAGCCCCUAAGCGAGCUCAUUACUUGAUUGACCUCAACUACUGCAGGAUUAGCAAGCUCACCGUCACGGAAAUCAAGUGUUUAAUCAAUGAAGCUUUAAUCAAAGGUGGAAUUCCCAGUUCAGAUAGUUAUUGUGCCAUGGCUAUCGAUCUAUAUAACGAAAACGAGACUGAUCAGGGAGAUAAAGUUGUUAGCCACAUGCUAGCUAAAGGCUUUUGGCCACCAUCCUCAGUCUAUGAGGCGAAAGCAGCUGCAUUAUGCAAAGAAGGGAAAGUUGAUGAUGCAGUGAAAGUAAUUGAAGAGGAAACGGUGAAGGGAAGUUGCGUUCCAACCGUUGCGUUGUAUAACAUCGUUCUGAAUGGUCUUUGUAGGGUGGGCAAGUCAACAGUGGCUAUGGAGUUCUUGAAGAAAAUGGUAAAGCAGGUUGGUCUUGUUGCAGACAAGGAGACUUAUAGCACUUUAGUACAUGGUCUUUGUCGUGAGAAUAGAUACACUGAAGCAUGUAAGUUGUUGGAGGAGAUGGUUAUCAAAUCACAUUGGCCUUGUUCUAACACAUUCAAUACACUUACCAGAGGUCUUUGCUCGGUGGGAAAACCAUAUAAAGCAGUGAUGUGCUUGGAAGAAAUGAUUAGCCAAGGCCAAUUGCCGGAACUUUCUGUUUGGAAUGCUUUGGUUUCAUCUUUGUGUUUCAAUGUGGCUGACACUGAUAUGUGGUCUAAGGUCUUACGACAGAUACGAAGUUGUUGAUGUUCUGUGCCAGAGUAUGUACAGUAAGAUAUAAAUCUCAUUUUGGUACCAGAUUUUUACAUUGAUUCAAUACUUUCAAGUAUUCCUAAACUUUAAAAAUAAUCAUUUCGAUCUGGAUGGUUAAUAAUUUAGGUCUGCGGUGUUUUCGCUAGACGGUCUUUGUUAGUAGUGUCAUCCUCCCCAUUGGCUAUAUGGGUAGGUUGCCCCUGUUUCACUGUACCGAGAUGUGAGGUGCAGGUGGUGAUGAUCAUCCUGGGGGUAUGCGGGGUAUGCGCAGGAGCCCUUGAUAGGCACUCUAGGACCUGUCAAUGCUCAUGAAAGUCCAAGUCAAUCAUCCAUUCAUUCAACCAAAGGUGUGGAUAACGAGGCCACCUUUACAGGUAUGCGCAGGAGCCCUUGAUAGGUACUUUAAGACCUACCAACGCUCAUGAAAACCCGAGUCAGUCCUCCAUUCAUUCGACCAGAGGUGUAGAUAACAAGACCACCUUUACAACCUUCCCCCUCAUGUCCCUAUGUUGUAAGGUAGGGCGGUUUGCCUGGGUAGCUCAACUACCCCUUAGCUCGGUGCUCAUGACGUGAUCGUUAACAAUUUAGUAGAGUGAUGGCUUUGAAAAUAGGUAGAUUCAUCAGUUGAUGUGAGCAUGUAUUGAAGCUAUACUUUUAAAAUUUGUAGCUAGAGCUUGAAGUGCAUUAUUUGAA